UCGCGCGCGCGCGCUCAAGCUUGCAUCGCAAGCGUUGGAAUCCACUUUCUUGAGGAAUGGAGGACAGACGAAUCGUCAUAUUGUACGGCAGUCAGACGGGCACCGCCCAAGAUGUAGCCGAACGUGUCGAGAGAGAUGCCAAGAGGAGGCAUUUUAAAACCCGGGUGCUUGCAUUGGAUGGGUAUUCUAUAGGUGAGCUGAUAAAUGAACCGUUGGUCAUAUUUGUUUGUGCAACGACGGGGCAAGGAGAUGAACCAGAUAACAUGAAGAAAUUUUGGAGGUUUAUUCUGCGCAGAAACCUCCCGGCUGACUCCCUGUCUGGUUUGCAAUUUGCUGUGCUUGGUCUUGGGGACUCCUCUUACCAAAAAUUUAAUUUCAUAGCCAAGAAGCUAUACAGGCGUAUUCUUCAGCUUGGCGGGACCAGUCUUGUACCUGUUGGCCUGGCAGAUGAUCAACAUGAUCUAGGGCCAGAUGCAGUGGUUGAUCCCUGGCUGGUUUCAUUGUGGGACAGAGUGUUAUCCUUGUACCCACUACCACCGGGUUUGGAACUAAUAAGCGCUGAUGUCUGCCCACCAUCGAGAUACGACGUGCAAUUUCUAGAUGCAGACAACAGCAUUCCAGUAGCAUCUACCAAUGCCGGCAUCAAUGGCCUUGCUGACAGCCAAAUACCAUCUCAGAUUUGCCCCUUCCAAGCAAGGCUUAUAUCCAACGAAAGACUGACAUCUUCAGAUCACUUCCAAGAUGUGAGACUCGUCAAAUUAGACAUUCGUGGAUCAAAUAUAAGUUAUGUUCCAGGGGAUGUGGUCGUGAUCCAACCCCAGAACUCGACAGAAAGUGUCAAUGAAUUUAUCUUGCAUUUCGAUCUGAAUCCUGAUCGGAGGAUCCUACUUCAGCAGACUGAUCCAGACAUCCCCCUCCCACCCUCCUGGCUCCUCCCUCAGCCCUGCACCAUCAGGCAGCUGGUCACUCACUGCUUAGAUCUCAGCUGCAUCCCAAGGAGGUACUUCUUUGAGUUGCUGGCCCACUUCUCAGAAGAUGAGCUGGAAAAGGACAAGCUCAGGGAGUUUGCCUCAGCUGAAGGGCAGCAAGAACUCUUCUCCUACUGCAAUCGUCCACGUCGCACAACAUUGGAAACUGUACAGGACUUCCCCAAAGUCAGUUCCAGAGUUCCAUUUGCCUAUCUGUUGGACCUCAUCCCACAGAUUCAGCCCAGGGCUUUCUCCAUUGCUUCAUCUCUCAAGGCUUACCCCAAUGAGAUACACGUCUUGCUUGCUGUGGUCAAGUACAAGACUAAACUACUCAAAGCACGGGAAGGACUGUGCUCCAACUGGCUGGCAAGAAUGACACCGGAGAAAGAAGAUGUUGAAAUUCCGAUUUGGGUAAAGAAAGGCACCAUCUCCUUCCCCAAAGACGGAGUCAGCACUCCAGUCAUCAUGGUGGGUCCUGGAACUGGUCUAGCCCCCUUCAGGAGCUUUGUACAAGACAGGGCCGCCCAGGGUCUCGGUGAUAAUGUUCUGUUUUUCGGCUGUUGCAACAAGGAGAAGGAUUACCUCUGUAAUCGUGAAUGGCGCCCUCUAGAGGCCAACAAACUGCUGCAAGUUUUCACUGCCUUUUCUAGGGAUCAGGAGGAUAAGAUCUAUGUUCAGCAUCUGAUGGCUGAAAACAGCGCCCUCUUGUGGGAGAUGAUAGACAGGAGGAAAGCAUGCUUCUUUAUUGCUGGAAAUGCCAAGCGGAUGCCCUCGGAUGUCACGAAUGCACUCAAAAAGUGAUCCAGGAUGAGGGGGACAUGACUGCAGAUGCGGCAGAAGACUAUGUCAAAAACUUGGAGCAGUCAAGACGCUUUCAGAUUGAAGCCUGGUCUUGAUUCUAGCAACCAAGACAUGUAAAAACUUCUGAUGCUGAAUUUUGCCGAGUUUUCAUCCCCUCACUUUGUGGGGGGGGGGGGUUGAAGCACAGAGGCCGGAAAAGAUGAAGGAUUCAAGGCAAGCUGUUGGAAUGUGACUCGGAAUAUCUGUGCAAGAACCAAAAAUAGGCAUUUUUAUUCUGGUUUUCUUUAUUCCAGAUGGUCUGAAAUUGUAUAAAAACACCUUCCAAUUACUUUUGGUAUUAAUAAAUGAAGAACACUAACGAAUGCAAUGUCCUCAGUUCAUGCAAGAGGGUUUUAUUUUUGGAGCUCUGACUGUAUAGUUUCACUGCUGUGACAUUAUGGGUAUCCUGGCCUGCAGCCUAUUUUCAAUAAAAACUGAAGGAAGCAAUUUUUCUGAAACUAGUACAAGUACUCGAACUUUUUAGAUUUUUUUUUUUUAAAUUUUAUGGCCUUUAUUUUCAGCAUUAAUAUCUGCCGAUUGAUUAAAAGAUCACUUAUAAAAAAAUAUGAUUAUCAAAAUUGUAUAAAUAAUGAAACAAUAAAAUAUUUGUAAUAAAGAAUCAGAUGAUCGAA